AUGAAAAUUAGCAAGAAGAUUGAGCGGGCUGAGAAGGAGAACCGGGUAUGGUGGUCAUUCGAGUACUUCCCGCCUCGCACGGCGCAGGGACUGCAAAACCUGCUGGACCGUAUCGAGCGCAUGCGGGCGCUCGGGCCUGAGUUCAUCGACAUCACCUGGAACGCUGGAGGUCGCACGUCCGAUCUGACUUCGGAACUCGUCAAGACAUGCCAGGGGCUCAUCGGGAUCGAGACAUGCAUGCACCUCACAUGCACGAACAUGCCGAAGGAGAAGGUGGACAAUGCGCUCAGGGAAGCGAAACAGCAUGGUUGUCGCAACGUGCUCGCCCUUCGCGGCGACCCUCCCGCAGGCAAAGACGAAUGGGAGGCCGUCGAGGGCGGCUUUGUACACGGUAUCGACCUCGUGCGCCAUAUCCGCAAGGAAUACGGCGACUACUUCGACAUUGCCGUCCCCGGCUUCCCGCAGCAUGUACUCCUGCCCCCGGAUGAGCUCGUGUUUGAGAUGAAGUGCCUGAAGGACAAGUGCGACGCUGGCGUGAACUUUAUAUUCACGCAGAUGUUCUACGACGUCGACAUCUUCUUCCGAUGGGUGCAGGCCGUGCGCGACGCAGGGAUCACCGUACCGAUCGUGCCCGGCAUUGCGCCGAUUCAGACGUGGAACGGGUUUCAGAAGGCGACGAUGCUGGCCAAGACCGUCAUUCCUCAGAACUUUCUCGAGGCGCUGGAGCCGCACAAGAACAACGAUGAGAAGGUUAGGGCGAUUGGGAUCCAGCUCGUGGCGGAAAUGUGCCGGAAGAUCUUGGCCGCCGACCUCGGGAUCAAGGGACUGCACUUCUACACCAUGAAUCUCGAGAAGGCGACGAAGAUGCUCCUCGAGGAACUCCAACUUGUGCCGCGCGUUGAGACCGUCAAGCCUCUGCCAUGGAGACAGUCAUUGACGCCCAGCCGUCGGGAAGAGAGUACCAGACCGAUCUUCUGGGCAAACCGCGCGAAGUCGUACCUCUCGCGCACCGAGAACUGGGACGAGUAUCCGAACGGUCGAUUUGGUGAUUCGCGCAGUCCCGCUUACGGCGAGCUCGAUGGCUACGGUGUGUGGCUCAAGCAAACGAAAGAUGAGGCGUACAAGAUCUGGGGUUUCCCAUCUACGUUAGCCGAUGUUCAUGCCCUCUUUGCGCGAUUCUGUUUGGGCGAGAUACCGUCGUUGCCUUGGUCCGAUACCUCGCCGUCGCCCGAGACAUCCGUCAUCGCCAAUCAGUUGGCAAAACUGAACGAGAUUGGAUUUCUCACGAUCAACUCGCAGCCCGCGGUCAAUGGGGCUCGAAGUGAUGACAGGAUACACGGUUGGGGUCCCAGCAAUGGUUUCGUCUACCAGAAGGCAUACCUCGAGUUCUUCGUCUCUCCGGGUCUUUUGGAUGCGCUCAUUCCUCACAUUGAACGCGACAAGUUGAUUACGUACUACGUGAUCAACAAGCGCGGGGACCUGCGCACGAACACCCACUCUGAAGGCCCGAACGCUGUUACUUGGGGUGUCUUCCCCGGCAAAGAGAUUAUCCAACCCACAAUUGUCGAAGCCAUCAGUUUCAUGGCAUGGAAGGACGAAGCGUACGAGCUCGGGCGCAAAUGGGCGAACCUGUACGAACCUGACUCGCCCAGUCGCAAGGUCAUCGCUGACCUGAUGGAGACUUCGUACCUCGUCAACGUGGUACACAACGACUUCAAAGACCCCAACGCCAUCUUCGUCCCCUUCAUGAAGGCGGCCGAGGACUAUGCGGCCUCCCAACACACCGCUAACUGA